CUUGGCAGAUACCUUAAUAAGAAUCAACUCACUGGCACAAUUCCUGCUUCAAUGUGGAACUUUGCAGACCUGAAUUAUCUAUCACUUUCUGGCAAUCAGCUCAGUGGCACAAUUUCGGCUGAAAUCAGCAACCUUGCAAAACUGAACGGAAUAUCUCUUUCUCACAAUCAACUGACUGGCACAAUUCCCUCUACAAUAAGCACCCUCACAAAGCUGACUUUACU